AUGUUUAGGCGCAGACACAGUGGGUAUCUCUUCCUUCUUGACUCUCUUACUCCAUCUCUUCAGAGCUUUAGACCUCUGCAAAAAGUAGAAGAGGAUGAUGAUACUGAAUCACGAAAGGAAGAAGAGAAGGAAGAGCUAACAAGGUAUUCAAGAAGAAAGAUUAUUUCCAACUGGAGCCGCUAUGAGGAUACAGAAAAAGAGGGACGGAGUGAAUGUGGGGAAUCACAGAGAGGAACAGACUUCAAUGUUUUGCUUAGCUCAGCAGGAGAUUCCUUUGCACAGUUCCGAUUUGCUGAUGAGAAAGAAUGGCAUAGAGAAAGCAUAUGGCAUAAGCAGUUAUCUGCACUUUCUGUUGACUACCAGUCUUUGGCCCAGGCUCUUCAGGAAUUGCCUCUAUAUCUGAGGUUGAAUGUAGCUGCUGACCUUGUGCAGGCAUCAACACCUGUAGAGCUCCCACAGAUGAAAUCAAAGAUUAUUGAAGACAGCAAGAGGAGAGCACUUCUCUUCCAAAAGUCUCUGGCUCAAAGUGAAAUAGCGUUGGUCUCCCAUCCCCUUGGUGAUUCUGUUGCUCCAUCAGAGCCUGGAAGUAAAAGUGGUCCUAGGGCAAGUAGAACAGAAAUAUUUGAAAGAGCCCGUCCAGUACCAAAGCAAGAGACUGACCAUUUGGAUGAAGAACUAGAUCUUCUCCUAAAUCUAGAUGCUUCCAUUAGUACAGAAAAGAAACCUGUGUCAGAUGCAUUAUCCUACAACAUAUCAACUAAGAAAGAUUUGAAAAUGGAUAUUAAGGACAAAGAUCCUUUAAAACUAGAUAUGCCUGAACAGAAGAGUACAGCAUCACAGCAACAGCAAAGUACAUCUAAAGAUCUUACUGAGGAAGAGCUUGAAGAUUGGCUAGACAGCAUGAUUUCCUGAAGCUCAAACUUUCGUAUGUGAAUAACUGAACAUUAAGUAGAAAGUUGACUCUUCAUCUCCUCGUUAUUUGCUUUAUGUUUCACCUUCAGUAUGCCAAAGGCCCGGUUUUCUUUACUGGGACCUAAAAUUCUGUGCAACCAAAAUUCAUUUAGGUGUCAUUAAAAAUUUAAGACUAAUCUCCUUAGAAAGGUCUAAAAUUUGUGAUGAAAUUAGGAUUUUCUUUGCUAAAGAUGCAGGCUACAGCACACGAAGAGAAAGUUAUUUCAGCUUGUACUUGCUCUGUGUAGUCCUUAAAAUAAAGCUAUGAAUGAACAAUGAAUGCAUGUGUUUUUAGUCACUAUCAUCACACCACAUCUCUACAUUGUAGAAGAAUAAGAAAGAAGACAGCAAAGGUAAUAUUUGGUUUAUAAUACUUUAUUGCAGUGGGCACUUUUUAUUAGAGGAAAAAAAAAAUGCAUAAUCCUAGCAGCUUCUACUUGCAGGUGACCACAGAGCAUUGUUUUAUUUUGGCCUAAGAUUUAAGUUGUAUUCAUUUUGAUACAGUGUAUGUCUGUCUGUCUUUAACAGCAGCAUCUAACAAGCUGUUAUUGAAGGUAGUAUAUAAACAAACUUCAAGUGCAAUUUCAUACAGAUGGACAGAAAAGCAGUACAGUUAAUGGAUCUGUUCAUCUCGAACACUAACACAAAUAAAAAGUUUGCAUAGCUAUGUCUACAGGGAUUUUAAGGCACUUAAUGUUUCAAGGUUGACGAAGUGUUUGAAAAUGUUUUCUUUAUAACGGCUUAAAGCUUUUUAAGCUGUAACUUAAUACAUUCACUAGCAAAUACUGGGGGGAAAAAACGGGACAGCAGUUAGUUAACUUUUUUUUUUUUGAGGCAUGGCCUCUGAUGUUCAAGUUCUUAAAUGUCAAAUGUUGUGCAAUUAAGACACCUUUUAGCCCUUUUAACUGUACUGCCUAACACUUGGUUAAUGACUUAGUUAAAGUUGUUAAAAUUUCAGACCGUGCUUGAACUGGAAGGCUUAAGUUAAUCUGGCAUAGUUUUCUCUUUUCUAAUUAAAAUUCUGACAAAAGAUCUGUUUCAUCUGUGGUAGGUACAAAAAGCCUAUGAAAUAGUGUCAAAUUUCAGGUAUGUCUUGAAGUUUAAAGACAUAUAAAGCAAAUACAAGCUGUGAAAUUACACCAUGAAAAGAAAAGGAAGUUUUUUGUAUACUGGAUCUUAACAGUUCAUGAAUAAAUAAUUUCUUUUGUGAUAUUAG